AAGCCAAAUCUUGUUAUGGGAAUGUUUCAAUGAACUCAUUGAGGCAAGGCAUAGCUGUUAUUUAUCUCAGGUGUUUAUUAUCAUUGAGCGAUAAAGAAAUUGGCGUUGAAAAGGAUAAAACCAUGGAGGAAGGAAAUACCGAUGGUAACCUUGGGAUUUUUGGUAUUUUGUGUGGUAUCGUACCCUCAUACGGUGGUAUUAAAGCAGCUAAAAGAUUUCAUGAUAACGCAAUUAAACGUGUAUUAAGAUUGCCAGCAAAUUUUUUUGAUAUCACUCCUCUAGGAAGAAUUAUUGUCAUAUCUAACUUAUCGUUGAACAUCUUAUUUUUAAUAUUUCCGAAUCCAAAUUCAUUUGAUACCAGAUUCAGUAAAGAUGUCGACACAUGCGAUAAUUUACUUUCUGAAUCAUAUCGAAU